UUAGAAACUAAGGUCAAGAGAAGUUCAUCACAGAAAGCCGGCCAAGCAAGAAUGAUAUCCCUACAAUUACAAUGCCAAGGCUAAAGUAUUGAAGACAAAACUCAGAUUUAUAUCACACCUGGCAGUAUCCAUUAUCGUGGAGACUCUUUGCUAAGAAUAUACACACACUUACACCACGUACACAGUGUACUGAGUCACCAGACCUCGAUCACUCUUUUAAAUAAUUAUAAUAAUCAUCAUCAUCCGUUGAUGCAAGAUGCCCUCAUCCCUCCCCUCCGAUCGUCACAUGGGGUUCAGCUCGGCAGAGACGGUGGGCCGCAUCCUAACCUUCCUACUCUGGAAAUUUUGGAAGCUAUGUGGAGCAGCUGUUCUGUUCCUGAUCCUCAUCUACUGGAUGUAUGGCACUGUCAUCAUACUCAUUCUACUCAUUGUGACUGUCAUAGGAGGACUCUACCACUACCAGGACUCACUCCUCUAUUUCCCAGAGCAGCCAGAAAGCUCACGAGUGUUUGUACAAACUCCCAGUUCUCUCGGACUUCCGUUUGAGCUAGUCACCUUGACGGCAAAGGACAAGACUAGCAUUGUGGCUUAUUUCAUCAAGCAACCACCAACUGCGAUGUCGACUGCUCCGACUCUGUUGUAUUUUCACGGAAACGCUGGCAAUAUCGGACACAGACUGCACAAUGCUCAGGCUCUGUAUCACCACUGUGGCUUCAAUGUACUGCUGGUGGAGUACAGAGGUUAUGGGAAGAGUCAUGGAUCUCCUUGUGAGAGCGGGCUGUAUCAAGAUGCGCAGGCUAGUUGGGACUUUCUCCUAUCAAGACACGACAUUGACCAGAGUAAACUGAUCAUAUUUGGUCGCUCACUGGGAGGAGCUGUUGCCAUUCACCUGGCUGCAUCUCUAGGACACAAUGACCAUCUGAUGGCUCUGAUAGUGGAGAACACAUUCUGUGGUAUCCCUCACAUGGCGCAACUCAUGUUUCCAGGGGCAACGGCCAUACCACACAUCUUCUUCAAGAACCAGUUCUUGAGUAUCAGUGAGAUACGUAAAGUGAGAUCCCCUGCAUUGCUCCUCUCUGGACUGGCCGACCAGCUGAUACCCCCCACCAUGAUGAGUGACCUUUACCAGAACUGUGGUUCUCGAGUGAAGCUGAUCGAGACAUUCCCUGGUGGCACUCACAAUUGCACAUGGACCUCGUUUGGUUACUAUGACUACAUCAACAAAUUUGUCGGCUUUACUUCACAUACAGGUGGUGGCAAGACAGACUCGGAUGAACCAGAACUUAAUUAAUUAGUAGUCAUGCUCGAUGUGUGAUUAUAAUUUUUUUAAUUGUUUGUUUAUGCGGCAUCUUUAAAACAUUCAAAAAUUCUUGUUAUUAAAAAAUAAUUAUGUUGGUACAGACAAGAGUGAACAUUUAAUAAAUAGAACGAUUAUACAUUGGUAUAAUAUAAUACAGCGCUACCUGUAGAAUACGAUGACUAACAGUACAGCUAUCAACAAAACUGCUAGUGACAUGAGUCCAAUCUUUGUCCUG